AUGAGUAGGCUACUAGAAAGUGAACAAGAAAGUGAGAGCGGGAGUGAGAAUCUGGUAUCAUCAGGAUCAAUUGCUCUUUCAAAGCAUGAGGAGCAGAAGCGAGAGUUGGGUGUUGAAAAUAGACUAGAACAAUAUAGCAGACGAUUAUCACAAUUGGCAUUGGUUGACACGAAUGAGAGCAGUGAUAGCAGUGAGAAAGAAGAAGUAUUCGUUCAAGGUAGCCUUCGAUCACAACAAAGUCUCAAAGCAUCAAUUCAGUCAAGUAGUCAUGGACACACUGGGGCCCCACAAAAGGUUAUGAUAAAAUUUCAGUCAAUUGGCUCUAUAACCAGUAUUACACCCUCAGUAUGUCAAAUUUCAACAAAUAAACCUUUUUCUGUUAUCAUAUCCUUUUUACAAAGAAAGCUGAAAAUGGAGAAUAUUCAUUGCUACAUAAAUAACUCAUUUGCACCAGUACCAAGUCAAAAUGUGGGUGAUCUUUGGAACCAAUUCAAGGUAAACGAUGAGCUUAUUGUUAGCUACUGUGGAUCGGUAGCGUUUGGUUAG